AACGAAUGUCGUUCUACGAUUUCUCCUGUUUUUAGUGAAAAAUAAUCCAAAUUUUUGAUCUCAAAAUGGAUGAGCUCGAACAGCUUGAGCACCUCUCGCUGGUGUCGAAGAUUUGCACGGAACUCGAGAACCAUCUGGGACUGAACGACAAAGAUUUAGCCGAAUUCAUCGUUGAUUUGGCGGAGAAAAACCCAACCCUGGAAGGAUUCAAAAGUGUCCUGGCGGAAAAUGGUGCCGAGUUCGCCGAAUCGUUCACAUCGAAUCUUUUGCGUAUCAUCCAGCUGAUGAAGCCAGCGAAAGGGGCGGGAGGCAUGAGCAGCAGUACUUUGGCGUUUGAGGAUGACGAGCGGGUGGUAGGAUUAGCACUGAAAUUUCCCGGACUGGCAAUUCCGAAUUCGAAGAAGGGAUUUGAAUCGGAUGUGGAUGAGGAAGACGAUGAAGUGGAUGAGAAGAAGGAUAAGAAGAAAAUGGGAGCUCCGAAUGUUGUAGAUGACAUGUUUGCCGAGUUGGAAAGCAUGGCACCGUCUACGUCCUCCAAAGGGGAAAAUAAAAAGUCUCGUCAGCAACAGGAGGUGGAACAUAUGUUUGCUGAACUGGAGGAUUUGGCUCCUUUGUCAUCGAAAGAUGACAAGCGACGCGACCAGAGGAGUAGGUCUCGAGAUCGGAAGCGAAGCAGAUCUAGGGAAAGGAAACGAAGUAGAUCCAAGGAGAGGAAGCGCAGUAGGUCGAGGGAUAGGAAGCGAAGUAGGUCCCGGGAUCGGGAUCGCAGGAGAAGGUCUAGAUCUCGGCACAGAUCAAGAUCGAGGGAUAAGGAGAGAAGGCGCAGAAGCAGAAGCAGGGACCGUGAACGAGAUCGACGACCCAGGAGAAGUCGUAGUAGGUCAAAGGAUCGAAACCGGAGGCAUAGAAGCGGUUCAAAUUCAAAAGAAUUCCGUCGUCCACCACCAAUGCCUGAGGAACCAGAACCGGGCAAAGUCUACGAAGGAAAGGUAGUAAACAUCGUAGCAUUCGGCUGCUUCGUUCAGCUGUCAAACUUCCGACGGAAGAAGGAAGGGUUGGUUCAUAUUUCACAACUGUCGUCGGAGGGGCGUGUGAAUAGUGCAUCGGACGUGGUCAACCGAGGAGAUACCGUAAAGGUGAAAGUUAUUUCCAUCGCGGGGCAAAAGAUUUCCCUUUGCAUGAAGGAUGUGGACCAGCACACGGGUCAAGAUCUGAAUCCUUUAUCCCAUGCUCAUCUGCAGGAGAGUAGUGACCUUGCCAACCGGAAUCCGGACCGUCCGAUGAAUGUUCCUUCGAUGCUCAAUUUACAGGACAAUGUAGAAUCUAUGGAGGAAAACUCGAGGAAGAAGGUUACUCGCAUUUCCAGUCCGGAGCGUUGGGAAAUAAAGCAAAUGAUUUCUUCCGGAGUGAUCGAUCGCAGUGAAAUGCCAGAUUUUGAUGAGGAAACUGGGUUGCUUCCGAAAGACGAAGAUAGCGAAGCUGAUAUUGAAAUUGAAAUUGUCGAAGACGAACCACCUUUCCUGCAAGGCCAUGGUAGAGCAUUGCACGACUUAUCUCCGGUUAGAAUUGUCAAAAAUCCGGAUGGUUCGCUGGCGCAAGCAGCUAUGAUGCAAUCGGCCUUGGCUAAGGAACGACGAGAGGUGAAAAUGCUUCAGCGGGAACAGGAAAUGGAUUCGGUUCCGACCAAUAUGAACAAGAAUUGGAUCGAUCCUUUACCAGAAGAGGACACUAGAGCUCUGGCAGCGAACGUUCGAGGUGUCGGAAUGGCCAUGCAAGAUGUGCCCGAGUGGAAGAAGGCUAUCAUCGGUGGAAAGAAAUCGUCCUACGGUAAGAAGACGGACAUGAGCUUGGUCGAACAGCGACAGUCACUUCCAAUCUACAAGCUCAGAGAUGAUUUGAUCAAGGCCGUAACGGACAAUCAAAUUCUGAUUGUCAUCGGUGAGACCGGCUCGGGUAAGACUACGCAGAUCACCCAGUACUUGGCGGAGUGUGGUUUUAUCGCCCGGGGCAAGAUUGGGUGUACGCAACCGCGUCGUGUCGCUGCCAUGUCGGUGGCCAAGCGAGUCGCUGAAGAGUACGGUUGCCGUUUGGGACAGGAAGUCGGCUACACUAUUCGUUUCGAGGACUGCACCAGUCAGGAGACGGUGAUCAAAUACAUGACGGACGGUAUGUUGCUGAGAGAAUGUUUGGUGGAUUUGGAUUUGAAGUCCUACUCGGUGAUUAUGUUGGACGAAGCGCACGAACGGACAAUCCACACGGAUGUGUUGUUUGGGCUGCUGAAGCAAGCCGUUCAGAGGCGACCGGAGCUGAAGCUGAUCGUAACAUCGGCCACGUUGGAUGCGGUGAAAUUUUCGCAGUACUUCUUUGAAGCUCCAAUUUUCACGAUCCCGGGCAGAACGUUCCCCGUCGAGAUGCUGUACACCAAGGAACCGGAGACGGACUAUCUGGACGCUUCGCUGAUCACGGUCAUGCAAAUCCACCUCCGUGAACCCCCGGGAGACAUUCUGCUCUUCCUCACCGGUCAGGAGGAGAUUGACACCGCUUGCGAGAUCCUUUACGAACGGAUGAAAUCGCUCGGUCCAGACGUACCAGAGUUGAUCAUCCUUCCCGUGUACUCAGCCCUGCCGUCGGAAAUGCAAACUCGUAUCUUCGAUGCAGCUCCACCGGGCAGCCGAAAAGUGGUCAUUGCCACCAACAUUGCCGAAACAUCCCUCACCAUCGACGGUAUCUACUACGUUAUCGAUCCCGGCUUCGUAAAGCAGAAGGUGUACAAUUCUAAAACGGGAAUGGAUUCACUGGUGGUCACCCCAAUUUCCCAAGCUGCUGCCAAGCAGAGAGCUGGUCGGGCCGGGCGAACUGGACCGGGAAAAGCCUACCGAUUGUACACAGAACGAGCCUAUCGGGAUGAGAUGCUUCCCACUCCGGUACCGGAAAUUCAACGUACUAAUUUGGCCACCACAGUGCUGCAGCUGAAAACUAUGGGAAUCAACGACUUGCUGCACUUUGACUUCAUGGAUGCUCCGCCGGUUGAAUCGCUGGUGAUGGCCCUGGAACAGCUUCAUUCUCUGUCGGCGCUGGACAAUGAAGGUCUACUAACUCGAUUGGGUCGCCGUAUGGCCGAGUUCCCACUGGAACCGAAUCUGUCCAAGAUGCUGAUCAUGUCCGUGGCGUUGCAAUGUUCCGAUGAGAUUCUGACGAUCGUUUCGAUGCUCUCGGUUCAGAAUGUGUUCUAUCGACCGAAAGACAAGCAAGCCCUAGCCGAUCAGAAGAAGGCCAAGUUCAAUCAGAUCGAGGGUGACCAUUUGACUUUGCUAGCGGUGUAUAACAGCUGGAAGAACAACAAAUUCUCUAACGCGUGGUGCUACGAAAAUUUCGUACAGAUAAGAACGCUGAAACGAGCCCAGGAUGUGCGAAAACAGUUGCUGGGUAUCAUGGACAGGCACAAACUGGAUGUAGUUUCCGCUGGGAAGAACACGGUGCGGGUGCAGAAAACAAUUUGUUCCGGAUUCUUCCGGAAUGCUGCCAAGAAAGAUCCUCAAGAAGGCUACCGGACGUUGGUCGAUUCACAGGUGGUUUACAUUCAUCCCUCCAGUGCCCUGUUCAAUCGGCAGCCAGAGUGGGUUGUCUACCACGAGCUGGUCCAAACCACCAAGGAGUACAUGCGAGAAGUGACAACCAUCGAUCCGAAAUGGCUGGUCGAGUUUGCGCCUGCUUUUUUCCGCUUCUCCGAUCCAACCAAGUUGAGCAAAUUCAAGAAGAACCAACGCCUCGAACCACUCUACAACAAGUACGAAGAACCCAACGCCUGGCGUAUCAGUCGAACGCGAAGGAGACGAAACUAAACACACUCUAUUUAGGCUGUUUGAAGUUUUAUUACAUCUAUCAAUUAGUGUCCCAACAUUCUUAAUAAACAGAACUUAAACAU